CGGAAGAAGAGACAAAACAACAACAGCAGCGGCAGCCCCUCCGGCUCGGCGACGGUAGUUGACGGGGAAACGGCAACAGAGCACUUUAACGAUUAACGUUACCUGUUCGGUAACAGAAAGUACCAGCUGUUCGCGUACGGUUAACACACUCGGUUAACACACUGUUUACAUUUAAUAGCAACAUGUCGGUGUUUGGUAAGUUGUUCGGCAGCGGUGGCAAGGGUGGGAAAGCGCCGACACCCCAGGAAGCUAUCCAGAAACUCCGAGAGACGGAGGAGAUGUUAGCCAAAAAACAGGAUUUCUUAGAGAAGAAGAUCGACCAGGAGCUCUUGACGGCGAAGAAGAACGGCACGAAAAACAAACGAGCGGCUCUACAGGCCUUGAAAAGGAAAAAGCGGUACGAGAAGCAGCUGGCUCAGAUCGACGGCACGUUGUCUACCAUUGAGUUCCAGAGGGAGGCGCUAGAGAACGCCAACACCAACACAGAAGUGCUCAAGAACAUGGGCUACGCCGCCAAGGCAAUGAAGGCCGCGCACGAAAACAUGGACAUAGACAAAGUGGACGAUCUGAUGGCCGACAUCACAGAACAACAAGAAGUGGCUCAAGAAAUCUCAGAUGUCAUUUCCAGGCCAAUCGGUUUCGGAGAUGAGUUUGACGAGGAUGACCUUAUGGCUGAGCUGGAAGAGCUGGAACAGGAAGAGCUGGACAAAAACCUUCUGGAAAUCGAGGGAACAGAGGACGUCCCUCUACCCAGCGUACCAUCUACAUCACUACCAUCUAGACCAGCCAAGAAGAAGGUGGAAGAAGACGAGGACGACAUGGCGGACCUCGAGGCCUGGGCGGCUAACUAAGCUAGCUUGCCCUGCUAGCUAGCUAGUGCCCCUCUCCUGUCUGUCUCUGUGCAACCAGGCUGCUCCCAGACAUCUGGAAGAGAGACAGGGACUAUGGGCUGCUGAGCUGGCUGCAGGCAUGCUGCAGGCAUGCUGCUCUAUCUUAAAGCCAACGUCCCAAUAUCUAACCAUACCCCAAACCUAAAGUAUGCACUUGUGACUUAAAAUGAAAUGAACCCGGGCUUUUCUAUUCUUUUAUUAAUGUCCCCGUAAGAUCCCUUUAUUCCAGCUGUACACUCCUCAGUUUCUGAAGGGCAAGAGAGUACGGAAAGCAUAUGUCAUGCCCCAACAGCCUGUGGUUACCAAAAUCAAAGAGUACAUGAAUGCACACUUUGGGCAGGAGAGUGCAAGUGCAUACUUCUAGGCAAGGGUGUGAGGAGGAACAGGACGAGGUUUGUUUCUGGGAGGAAUGUGAAGAAUAAACCGAUGCGCGGGGGAAAAUAGCAACAACAGAAAGACAACAUGAUUCAGCCAUUUUUCUGCUUCCCGCGUGCGUUGUCAUCUCUCUGCUCUUCUACAAUGAUGACGACAACCCAUCUACAGCAUCUCUGCUAAAUCUCAGCAGCAGCAAAAAA